CUUUCUUGUCGAUUCCAUUUACGUGACUUGCUUUGCUACUUCGAGUUUCUCUAACAAUGGCGACUGUCCCUCAAUUCUGUAACUUUUCCUGCAAAAAUCUAUCGUCUAAUCCUCUAAUAAGCCCUAAAUUAGCUCCCAACCGUUCAAUUCUCCUCCAUCUCGGCACGAUCAAUCAAAGACCCUCGGGUUUGACGCGAGAUAUUGCUCGUGUCCGACCCGAAUUCAAGAUCCGGACCGCGUUGGACGAUGAAUGGGGUCCGGAGAAGGAUGAGGGCUCGGCGGUCUCCGUGGCGGAGAAACCGGACGAGGAGAGUGCGGUGGAAGUGUCCGAGAUUGCUCGCUUGAAGAAAGCGCUGGUGGAUUCGUUGUACGGGACGAAUCGAGGAUUAAGCGCGACGAGCGAGACACGAGCGGAGAUCGUGGAGCUUAUCACGCAGCUGGAGAGUAAGAACCCGACUCCUGCACCAACUGAGGCACUGUCUAUGCUCAACGGCAAAUGGAUUCUGGCGUACACCUCCUUUGCAGGUCUGUUUCCAUUGUUGUCAAGGGGUAAUCUGCCAUUAGUAAAAGUGGAAGAAAUAUCUCAGACUAUUGACUCAGAGAAUUUGACUGUUCAAAAUUCUGUUCAGUUUUCUGGACCACUGGCUACGACUUCCAUUAGCACCAAUGCCAAAUUUGAAGUUCGAAGUCCAAAGCGUGUGCAGAUCAAGUUCGAGGAAGGCAUCAUUGGAACUCCCCAGCUGACAGAUUCCAUAGUAUUUCCAGAAAAUGUGGAAUUUUUGGGGCAAAAGAUUGAUCUCACACCCAUCAAAGGCUUAAUCACCUCGGUUCAAGACACGGCUUCAUCUGUUGCAAAGACUAUUUCUAGUCAACCACCACUGAAAUUCUCUCUCUCGAAUAGCAAUGCUCAAUCGUGGCUACUGACUACUUACCUUGACGAAGAGCUUAGAAUUUCUAGGGGUGAUGCUGGCAGCGUCUUUGUGCUUGUCAAAGAGGGCAGCUCCCUUAUAACACCAUAAACACACCAGUUCCUUCAGUCUGGUACCAAACUCAUUCUACACAGUGAUAUAUGUAUAAUAUAUUUAUGCAUAAUAUGAAUUUUAUAAACUCAUAUGGUAGGAUAUCCUUCCUUCAGCAGUUCGCUGCUACUACAGAUACAUGUUGGAUUAAACAUUAAAGAAGAUUAAGCUGUAAUAAAUAGUAUACUAUGAACUUUUUUUUUUUCCCUUUC